AACACAAGGCGCUGUUGCCUGUGUUGAGGGGAGACGAGACUCCUUUCAGCAACAUUCUUCUUUAGCCAGUCCUUCUGUUAGGGCGAUAUCAACUACGAUUCUGACUUUUGUCGUUAGAGGUUUUGUUUGCUAGCAUUUCAGAUCAAUAGUUGUGUUUUAUUCUCUAAUCUGACUCUCAUAGGGAGUUAGAAAGUAUUCGCGCCACGGUAAACUCGUCUUCAGUUGGUCCGUCAGGUAGAGCUUGUUAGCUAGUUUACAUUAGCCAGCAGCUACCAGUAGCUAGAUUUACGGCUUAUAUCCGUGGCUGCCCUGCCAGGUAACGUUAGAUCAACUAAAGCUGGAUGCGCUGGUCCGCCACAAUGGUUUGGUCAGUUCAACAAUUUCAGAGUAUUGACAUUAGUAAAUAAUUUAUCUGAUUUAGAGACAAAUCAACGCAACCUUUGUUUGACUUGUGCGCAGCCCGUCAGGUUUGGCCUGUUUCAUUGUCUUCGAACAUCGGCAAAAGACAAGUUGUUAUUUAGUGUCAGUAGGUUGUUUGGCUAGUUAGGCUAACUUAGCCGUGUUCGCGUAAACAACCCCGUCAGCUGUCGACUCUAGAUAAUAUUGAAAGCUACCCAUUUCAGUAUGGCGCAACACGACCACUCUCAUGUAGCCAGUUCACAGAAAGCACUCAUGUUGGAGAUGAAGAGCCUUCAGGAGGAGCCUGUCGAGGGAUUCAAAAUAACACUGGUGGACGAGGCUGACAUGUACAACUGGGAAGUGGCCAUUUUCGGACCCCCAAACACUCAUUAUGAAGGGGGGUAUUUUAAGGCUCGGAUCAAGUUCCCUAUUGACUACCCAUACUCCCCACCUGCCUUCCGGUUCCUCACCAAGAUGUGGCACCCCAACAUCUAUGAGAAUGGAGAUGUGUGUAUUUCUAUAUUGCACCCUCCAGUGGACGACCCGCAAAGUGGAGAGCUGCCUUCAGAGAGGUGGAAUCCCACCCAGAAUGUCCGGACCAUUUUACUGAGUGUGAUCUCGCUGCUGAAUGAACCCAACACCUUCUCUCCCGCCAAUGUGGACGCCUCCGUCAUGUACCGCAAAUGGAGGGACAGCAAGGGCAAGGACCGGGAAUAUGCAGAGAUCAUCAGGAAGCAGGUAUUGGCCACCAAGGCGGAAGCUGAGCGCGACGGCGUGAAGGUGCCCACCACACUGGCCGAGUAUUGCGUCCGCACGCGCGCCCCGGCCCCCGACGAAGGCUCCGACCUCUUCUAUGACUAUUACUAUGACGACGACGACGUGGAGGGCGAGGACGGCGACUGCUGCUACGAUGAAGACGACUCGGGCAACGAGGAGUCGUGACAUGCUUUUUUUUUUUUUUUGACCGCAUUCCCCAAUCUAGCUGACAAACGCUAGCCGUUGUUCAGUCUGGGUCGCCAGAAAUUCUUGGUUUGGAAGCUUUCCCACUUCUAAACCAAUUGCAAAGAGCUGUUUUUUCCUGAGCCUGAGAGUUAUUUUCAGAGGCGAAAAAUCGACGCACUGUUGUGUAAGGGUCAGACCUGGUAAAAAAUUUUGCACCAGCACAAAAGUCAGCAGUUUCAUCAUUGCAGACGUUAUUAUUUCAUUAUCACCUAAAACCUUACUUUGAGAGAAUAUUACUUAAUCCUUUUGAGUUGUUCAGUCCCCUGUAUGAUAAUAGUAUUGUGGGGUUAAUGCCACUUUUAACCAAUAGCAACAUUUGCACUGGUGCAAACACUUCCAAACUUUGCUCAGCCUCUCUCUCGCAUAUCUUAAUUUCCCUAAUUGUAACUCGGUGUUGCUCACCAGUAGUUGGUCUCAGAGAGAUUGAGGACUUCGAGCAGCCUGUUUUGUACUGAACAAUCUACUGCAAACCCAUUCAAUCAGACAUUUCCAAGUUUCACGAUCUGUCUCGCUUCAAUAUGACGGGAUGUCACAGGAUGUCACAAAGUUCUUGCGCAUGCCAGAACAUCGUCGGAAGCUUUUUGUCCCUUUUUACUGAUGGACCGUUUACCUUUCAUCAUGAUCUGUUUUCAGCUCGCUGAGAAGAAAGACUUCCGUUGACUGAGAUCCCAGAGAACUUUUCUAUCUGGAGGACCGACUGGCAAGCUGAGUCAGUGGGUCAAAUCCUCAUGUGAACAGUUUUGGUAACCAGAAAUUGAUCUUUUGCCGUGUUUCCUCUGGUUACUGUUGGAUGUGUUUCUCUUGUCAUUUUGAGUGUGGGGUUAUGUUAUGUGAAGUAGCUCAGAUAUAAGAGUGUGUAGAGGUGUUUUUCCGAAUUGUAUUUCUCCUCAGGUGUGCUCUCUGAGAGGCCUGACGGAGCCAAAGACGUAAAGCAGUGUGAAGAAAGCCCAAAACCUUUUUCUGACUGUCUGUUGUAAUCUUGUCUUUGUUUGAGCCUCAUUUGCAGGCUUUGUUAUUUUAGUCUCUUUCUUGGGUUAGAAAUUAUGCUUGCAAUAUUUUUGCUUGAGAAUGAUUUUACGUGAUGCGAUUUAUUAGGUUUGAUUGGCCAAAAAAAAAAAGCUUCUGUAGGAAAAGUGUCUGUCAAAAGGUGUUGUCACAGUAUCGGUCAGGAUUAUCAAAGUUGUUCAGCCCCGGAAGUAGAGAACAAGGCCGGCAUGUUAUAUUUUCAUUUCUAUUGUUUGUGUCAGGGGAGAGUAGAUGGGUUUUGAUAUCAUUUUUUUAGAGUUCAUGGGUCUGUUCUGUGUAUUUUUGCAUUAGCAAUAUUGAUAGUUUCAUUUACUCAAAUUAGGACUUCAUACUGAAUUUCUCAGGAUAAUGAAUUACAUAUGACAAAAGAAUUAAGACAAGCAACCAGGGUACAAAAUUAGCACCACCCACCAGCCAAAUGCUGGUAAAAUAUGCAAGUGGCUGGUAGAUUUGCUUCACUCACCAGCCAACAAUAGUUUUCUAUUGAGUGGCUGGUAAGAUUUCAACCUUUACUAGCCAUUUGGCCGGUGGAUUAAAAAAAGGAAAUUUUGCACUCUGCAAGCAACUAUUUUCCUCCAGAGUUUUUUUUCUUUUCUUUUUUCAGAGUUGGUUGACAGCCUCAACAGGAACCAUAACUGGUAUGCACAUGUAGCUGUAUGGAUGGUCACCAUAUUGUUUUAUUCACCUGUUUAUUUUUUUAUUUUUCGGCUAUUUAAAACUGAAUAAUAAAGAUUUAUUGGAAAUAA